AUGCGACACACGUGUCAUCUCCUCGCUGGGUCUGUGCUCGAUGCGCCGUCGCUCGAGUUGCGCAGGGCAGCACAACGAGUAGCGCACGCCGAGACUCGGCGCCUGCGGGAGAAGAAAGCGGUAACAAACCCCUACCACAAGGAGCAGUACAUCAAUGCUUUUCUUGAGGCGCACAGCGCGGCGCUGGUGCAUCAGCACGUUGUGUCCACGUCUGCCAGUGCUAAGCACAUCGAGGAAACCCCCGCGACGGCACUCGCCACCGCCCAGGAACUGAUGACUCUGGCGCAGGAACUGGACGCGCGUUAUGCUACUCGUGGCUCCCCUGCAACGCUGGCCCGCACAAGCGCUGAGGCGUUGUCCGCUGGCAAGGUCACUAGCCCAAUCAUCGGCUCUCUCUCGCAAGCCCCUCGCAUCAUGUUUGGUGCAUGGCGCACCACGAGCGGUGGAGAUACGCGUCUGCGACAGCGCCUACGUUCGGCUGAUGUAAUGCGGCACUGCGUGAUCCGCGAAGCCCGCACGCCGCCAUCCCUCUCGCCGGAGGUGAUCGAGCGGAUGCUGCCGCCGCGGCUUCCGGCGCCAGCGCAGCGCUUAGUUGCCUACUUGAAGUCAGAGCGCUUUCAGCGGAGUCCGGGUCCGGAGACCUGUGAUCGCCUAGAGUCUCUACUCUCGGCGGCUCUGCGUGCCCUUCAGUACUCAUAUGACCUGCAGCGAGUCGUUGCCCUCUACUCAGUCCUGUAUCUCAGCACUUGCAGGGACUGGCACACGGCCUCCGCCAUUGUGGUGUCUCUGGUGCAGCGGUGGUCGGCAAUUGUUGCGCUGUCCGGUAUGAGCUCGUCUGACGUGCUGAAGACUGUGCACGAGGACCGCUCGCACAUGAUUGCGCUGCUCCUGGAAACUGUGCGCUGCGGUAGCUCGAGGCCCUCCUUCACCGCACCGUCCUUGGACGAGCUGGAUAAGGUGUGUGUGGCACUACACAAGCCAUUUGAGGAAGAGGACGUGAGCGCACGCGCAUCUUUCACGGAUGCAAGCAGAUCUCUGGACAAUACCGCUGCGAAGAGCAACGGCACCGCUGCUGCGUUCUCCCCUCGCUGGGACCCUGUCGUGUCGGCACCGCUGCUGUCGGUAAUGGGCCUGGACAGGCUCAACGACGGCCGGUUUUCCGGAAGUGAAACAGAGAAAAUGAAAUCCUUGGCGGAGCGUUUCUGUCUGCAUCGAUCUCGUCCCUCUCCGUCACUGUGUGCACCUACGCGCGCUUCCGGGCCAGCGUACAUGCCUGCCUUAGCGUGGGGUGAGUAUCUGCGGGCACUGCACCGCUGUGGCGCCUCCUUGGCGGAGAUGCAAGAGGCGACAGAUCGCAUCACGGACAGGUCCUGCACGCGCCAUGCCGACUCGCUUCUCUCCAGCACGCACGUGUGGAACGCGUACCUCGCCUGCAGUCCUGGAAGCCAUGCCAAAGAGGUGUAUGAGAAGAAUUUGCGCGCCUACAAGGUGAAAGAAACGCCCGCCACAACGGCAGCGGUCAUGAUAGCGCUUCUGCGGGAGGGAACGGCAGAGAGCCGUGCCGAGGCCCGUACUCUGUGGAAGCGCCUCCAGCACGUGCACGUAUCCGGCAAUAUGGUGCUGCACACCAGCAGCACACUGACGGCCUACAUUCAACUGCUGGAGGCGGAGGGCCAGGCAGACGCUCUCUUGGGACUUCUUACCUCCUUUGAAGGGCUGUACGAGCCGUUUGGCGUGGCACCGGAAUCGUUUUCACGAGCAGUGGAGGCGGUGCAUCAGCGGGGCUGUGGCGGUUCAGGGAUCGCCGGGGGCCUCGAUCUGCUUGCCCAUGUCUGUCACGCACACCCCUUCCUCGUACCACCACUCGUGCGCUACGCUGUGGUGCAGGCGAUUGAGCGGACGGCGACGGCCGCUGCAUCUGCGAAAGUCGUUGUGACGGGCCACGAUGACAGAGCGGAUGAUUUGCUCCCUGUCGCAGGCUCGAUGUCGCCAGCGGCACUUGAGCUCUCUGCCGAUGACCUCGCUGCGAUACUCUGA